AUGCGUACUACCGUCGCUGUCGCUGUUAUCCUCGCCGCGGCCUCCGCCGCGCCAUCAUUGGCCGUUCCCAUCUCCCUCUCCAAUGCCCUUGCUGCCCGUGAUUAUAAUGGCGAGCUCGAGGCGCGUGACGCCAUGGCAGCCGAGUUGUACGACCGCGACUUCGACGAGGAACUCUACGCUCGCGAAUUGAACGGGGAUCUUGAGGCCCGCAGCAAGGCAGGCAAAGUCGCCGGCCAUGUCGCCAAGGGCCUCUUCCACAUCGCCUCCCACUUUCUCAAGCGCGAGGACCCAGUCCUUGCGCGUGCCAUCGAGGAGGAGCCCGAGCUAUUCCUUCGCGCCCUGGACGACGAUGAGGUCUUCGCCCGGGACCUCGAGGCUCGCAGCAAGGCAGGCAAGGUCGCCGGCCAUGUCGCCAAGGGUCUCUUCCACUUUGCCUCUCAUUUCCUCAGGAGCGAAGACCCAGUCCUUGCGCGUGCCGUCGAGGAGGAGCCCGAGCUAUUCCUUCGCGCUCUCGACGACGAUGAGGUCUUCGCCCGGGACCUCGAGGCUCGCAGCAAAGCAGGCAAGAUCGCCGAGGGUCUCAACUUAACCCCUCACUUCUCCAGGAGCGAAGACCCAGUCCUUGCGCGUGCCCUCGAAGAGGAGCCCGAGUUAUUUCUUCGCGCCCUCGAAGGCGAUGAGGUCCUCGCCCGGGACCUCGAGGCCCGCAGCAAAGCGGGGAAGGUCGCCGGCCAUGUCGCCAAAGGCCUCUUCCACUUCGCCUCUCACUUCCUCAGGAACGACGAGGAGUUGAUGGCACGCGAAUUUGACGAUGAUAUGUUGUUCGCACGUGGCAUGGAGAUCGAAGAGCUCGACUGA